GAUCUUGGACGUCCAUCGAGAAGAUAUUCAGAAAUGGCUGGAGAGGCUUUUAUCAUUUUACUACGAGUGACUUUUUUAACAGUAGCUAUUUAUUCCAUACUAAAAUAUAAAUCACUAUCUUCUGAGCUUGGUUAUUGCGAUAGCAGUAGUUUAUCUAAUCGAAUACUUGAUCAACGCGUUAAAGAAUACGAUGAAUUAGCUAAUAGUCCUGACGAGGCAGACGCUUUUUAUAGCUUCCUACCAAUACCUAUGGAAUGCACCCCUUGUCCUCAAUACGCGAUUUGUCAAGAUGGUCAUUUAAGAGAAUGUGAAGCUGAAUUUCUUCUCACUGAUUCCUUACUCAGUCAUAUUCCAUUCAGUAGCUUCUUCGAUGGUAUACCCUACUUUGGUUCUGUCGCUUUCCCUCCAAGAUGUGAACCUGAUUCAGAGAAACGCGCUUUAGCAGCAGACGUUGGCGUACAUGUACUUUCUACAUUAGAGAAACACAAGGGAAAUGUCAUAUGCGGUGGUAUUAAAAGACGCAAAGGUUUGAGUGAUCAAGUUGCUUUUGGUUUGAAAGAGUCAGAUGUACACGCGUUUAUUUCUGCCUUGAAGGAUAAAAGCAUAUCUCAAACUGAAUUCGAUGAGAUUUGGGCACUCGCUUUGAAAGAUCUCGCUGAUAAUGAAGAACUCGAUCGUCUCGUACAGGAAAAUGGGGACUCACUCAUUAUUGCUCGUAACGCUCAAAUUGGUUUCAGUUGUAAAAUCCGAAUGAAGCUUGGAUCAAUUAUCAAAAAGUGGAGAUUGGAGUUUUUCACUCUCAUCGCCUUGUUCUUUGGAUAUACUAUGGCUUUGUCGAAGAUAAGACGGUCGUCUGCUGACAAAAAGCGCGUAAAACAGCUUGUCCAUUUGACCAUUGAACAGGUUCGCGAAAGAGCAUAUAGACACAUGGAAGACACCUCUAUAUCACCCUUCGUAAUACCAGAACAAGUCAGAGAUGAGGAACUUGCAGAUGUUCACUCAUCAACUGAAAGACAAAGACUUUGGUCACGCGUGAGGAAGAUCGUUGAGAGCAAUGCUAAUAUUCAAGUCAAACAGCUUGAAUUAGAGGGAGAAAUCACUGACGUAUUUGAAUGGAGGUCUAGUUAAGGACUCUUAUAAUACCAUUUCUGUUAAUAUAUAAUAUGUGCAUGAUUUUCAUAUAAGGGAUGCUGUAAGGACAGAAGGC